GCCCCUUCCACCAACCCUCAUCGCCAUGUCUGACCAAAAUCAGUCCAAGGGUUUCUUCGGAACCGCCACCAGCGGCCUCGGCAACACGUUAGGCGCCGCAACCAACACGCUUGGCAAGGGCGUUGGAACCGUCACUGACGCAGCUGGCAACGUCGUCACUGCUACGGGGAAGGGCGUCGGUGAUACUGUCACGGGUCUUACGCAGGGGCUCGGUGAUACUACGAAGGCUGGCGGAAACUUUGUCAAGGACACGAGCAGGAGCGGAACGGAUAGUCUUGGCUUGACUGAGGCGGAAAAGAAGGAGCAGGCUAAGCAGUAGAGGCUAGAGCUAACGUACACUAAUGAUGAAUGCCUUGCCGAGGGACGACCGCAUCGAGCCAUGAAAACGAACCUGAUUAUAACCCCUGAGUUACGAAUGACA